AUGGAAUCUGCGUUAACGGAAUCACGAGCAUGGGCUGCGGCCCAAACGGUAGUAGAACGGUUACACUUUGAUAUCUCCACACACUCCGGGCAUGUCCUGGUGGGAGAGUGGUGCCAGAUCGAUGGAGCAUGGAAAGCGACGGAGUGUCGGGCAGGUCUUGGGUUGUACAAUUUUGAUCCGGACUCGGGCUCAACCUUGGUUGGAGCUAGCACUAUACGGCGGGGUUUAUCUCCCUUACAGAUGGAACUGGAGGCUCUAGUGUGGGCUAUGCAAAGUAUGCUAGCCCAUAACAAACAACAGAUAAAUUUCCAAACAGAUUGUGUUCAGUUGGUGAAGAUGGUGUCCAAGCCAGCAGAGUGGCCAGUUUUUGAGAUUUUACUUGACGAAAUGGAGAAAUGCAGAAGGAUGUUCCAGACAUUCUCCCUUACACACAUCCCCCGAACAGAAAACACGAAGGCAGACAAGCUAGCACGGAGUGCUCGAGAUCAGCCUCACAAUGUGUACUACAUCAACUCAAUUCCACCGGUCUCGCUCCCGGAACGGUCGUGUACUGCACCUAAGGCGGAGCUAUGGGGAUUAUAUUAUGGGCUCUGUAUUGCGUGGGAGAAAGGGAUCACAAGGCUGGAAAUUGAGGUGGACUCUGCUUUGGUGGUCGGAUUUAUGAAGACAGGGAUUAACGACACACAUCCGUUGUCGUUCCUGGUACAUCUGUGUCAUGGUUUUUUACUAAAGGACUGGGAAGUCCGAAUCACACAUGUGUAUAGGGAGGCUAACCGUCUUGCAGAUGGGUUGACGAACUAUGCAUUUUCUUUAGCUUUAGGAACUGGAAUUGGAGAAGUUAGUCGUGGAACAAGAGUUGAUGAAUCUGAGGAAGAUUCGUUUUAUGACAGGAAGAUGGUUAAACAACGUACGCAUUGGAGGUUGAGAAACAGGUCGAUUGAUAGCACGUGGCUUCCUUCCCGCAUCUUUGCAGCGGGAGACGAACCUGUUGGAGACAGGGUAAACUCGUACUUCAAACUAAGCUCCAUUGGUGCGGUUCUUAGGUACCUCCAGCCAUCAGAAAUCGAGCAGAUUUGUCCCGCCUUUGGCAAGUUGUUGGAUGCAUACUCCAAACAAGCCUACUCUGGAAAGCUAGCUCAUUUUCUCCUCACCCGACAGCUGGUGGUGAACAAGAAUCAUGAGAUUUGGGUGGUCUUCAGUGGCAAGCCCAUAAGAUUUUCUUUACGGGAAUUUGGGUUUGUCACCGGUCUGAAAUGCUCCCCUCUCCCAGUGGUUCCGGCAGAAAGGAUGAAAAGCAACCCUGGGGUUGUGCCAUACUGGUUCACGUUGUUUGGUGGUGAGCCUUUCGUAACUAGGGAGAUGCUUCUCUCGAGGCUGAAGAGAUCGAGAGACCUUAGCAGUGAGGUGAGGGUUAAGUAUGCAUGCCUGAUUUUGGUUGACGGGAUGUUGUGUAGACGGUCAUCAACAAUGAAAAUCCCGAAGGAGCAUGUUGAAAUGAUAAGGGACUUGGAUUACUUCUUGGAUUAUCCGUGGGGGAGGAUUUGCUUUGACAUGACCAUCCGGUGUAUUCGAACGAGGCAGACAAACCAGCUUGCCCAGCCUACAGUUGCGAUUCAGGGAUUCAUACACACUUUACAGCUGGUGCUUCUCGAGGCGGUACCGUCAGCCGUUGCCGCAGUUGGUGAUGGAACGGAUACUGAGUCCGGUGAAGAAGACACGGCGAUGGUAACAGCACUGAAGCUUGACAAAAUUUGGGAGUUGGACAGCGAUGAUACGGUCCCAGUGACAUCCAUAAUUCGUAUGGGAGACGAUUCUGUUGUCGGCGACUGCAGCUGGGUUGAUGAAUUGGAAGAUCCACAAGUCGAUUACAUGGUUGAGCAAAUAGAUGAAGGCGCUCUGUUUAACAAGGAUCACUUCAGAGGGGGUCGUUCACGGACACUCGACCCCGUCCAGCCGGUUCCGACUACUGCUUCCACUGGAAAACGUAAGGGGAAAGCCCAUGUUGAGACCGCAUCGCCUGUGAAGGUCGCAAAGAGGGGGAAGAGGUCCUCAAAACGGUCCAAAGCUGAGUCGCAUAAACAAGGCGAAUCCACCAUAACCAUGGAUAUGGUUGCCGGGCAUGUGAAGGAUGCCCUUUCGUUAAUUGAAAAGAGCAUCAUGGACAGUCUUCAGGCGGGGCUGAAGGAGGUCGAAGGCAGACUCUUAUUUGGAAUUGACUCCGCAAUCACGAAGAAGAUUGACGAACAUUGGAAAACAAAAGAUGCCGACGCCGCCAUAGGUAGUGUGCUGCGUGAUAUUGCAAACGAGAAGGAAAACUCCAUCCAGAAUCACGCGACUCAAGAGGCGCCUGUCGAGGAAACUAAUGUUAUUGUCUCCACAAACCCGGCUAACUUCGCUAAAAAGAAGUUCAACGCCAUAGUUGCUAACCCGAUACCAUCCAGGGAAACUCUUUUCACCAACGGCGGUGGGACGGAGAGGAGGGCAGACAUAAUGCCGUCAUCAUUUCCGUUUAUGCUUGCGAAGCACCACAGUCGAUUCAAGAAGCUCACCAAGAAAGAGAGUUUCGAGUUCAAUGAAGAAAUUCUGGAGUAUAAUCGGUGGGUCGCUGUGGUCGUUGACUUGGCGUCUUCUUCGGUCACUGUGUUUGACCCUCACGCCAAGGCUGUCCGCGGAUCCCGUCUGAAGCCUGAAUUCAACUUCCUAUGCGAGAUUCUUCCUUAUUUUAUAAAGAAGGCUGCGUCAUGCGAGGAUAUGGAGUCAUUCAAACUGACAACAUUUUCCUUUUCUAGGGAUAUUCAAGUUGCUCAAGUAGAUGAUAGAGGCCAAACUGGCAUCAUGGCUGUCAUGUUCAUUGAGUUUCAUGCGUCCAGAGGAUUGGUUAGUGUUUACACUGUCUCUGAAGAUAAAAUUGGUGAACGGGCUGAGAAUCUUGCUGUUGAAAUGUUUGAGUUCUGCUGUGGGGACAUUGACCUUGACGACUGA